GACCGUGGCCAGCUCUCUCCUAUCUGGUCUGGUCCCAUGGCAGAACCAGGUCUUUUUGGAGGAAGGGAGUCGAAUGGCCCUUGGUGACCAAGGCCAAGAGAAAAGACGGAGCCUCGGCCUUGUGACAGAGGGAAACUGAGACUCUACCACGUUGGCGUGAGAGCCGUGCUCUUGGUGGGCCUGAGCCAUGGAGCCGCCUCUGGAGACAGAGAUGGUGGAGCUGGUGCCCAAUGGCAAACAUGCGGAGGGGCUGCUCCCAGUCAUCACCCCCAUGGCGGGCAACCAGAGGGUCGAGGACCCCAGACAGAGCUGUGCCGAGGGCAAAGGCUUCCUGCAGAAAAGCCCCAACAAGGAGCCACACUUCACCGACUUCGAGGGGAAGACGUCGUUCGGCAUGUCGGUGUUCAACCUCAGCAACGCCAUCAUGGGCAGCGGCAUCUUGGGGCUGGCCUACGCCAUGGCCAACACGGGCAUCAUCCUUUUCCUUUCGGGACCCCGGGGAAGCUGGCGGCCGCCCUGGCCAUCAUGCUUCAGAAUAUCGGAGCCAUGUCUAGCUACCUGUACAUCAUCAAGUCUGAGCUGCCCCUUGUCAUACAGACCUUCCUGAACUUGGAGGAGCAGACCUCGGACUGGUACAUGAACGGGAAGUACCUGGUAAUCCUGGUCUCUGUCACUGUCAUCCUGCCCCUGGCGCUGAUGCGGCAGCUGGGCUACCUGGGCUACUCCAGCGGCUUCUCACUCAGCUGCAUGGUCUUCUUCCUGAUUGCAGUCAUCUACAAGAAGUUCCACGUGCCCUGCCCCCUGCCUGCCAGCUUCGCCAACAGCACGGGCAACUUCAGCCACACGGAGGCCGGGGAGGGGACGGCGCAGCUGCAGGUGGAGACCCAGGCCGCAGCCCUCUGCACCCCGAACUACUUCACGCUCAACUCCCAGACAGCCUACACCAUCCCCAUCAUGGCCUUCGCCUUCGUCUGCCACCCCGAGGUGCUGCCUAUCUACACGGAGCUCAAGGACGCCUCCAAGGGGAAGAUGCAGCACAUCUCCAACCUGUCCAUCGCCGUCAUGUACGUCAUGUACUUCCUGGCCGCGCUCUUCGGCUACCUCACCUUCUACGGCGGGGUGGAGUCGGAGCUGCUGCACACCUACAGCCAGGUGGAUCCGUUUGACGUGCUGAUCCUGUGUGUGCGUGUGGCCGUGCUGACGGCGGUCACGCUCACGGUGCCCAUCGUCCUGUUCCCGGUGCGCCGCGCCAUCCAGCAGAUGCUGUUCCAGGACCAGGAGUUCAGCUGGCUCCGGCACAUACUCAUCGCCACUGGCCUGCUCACGUGUGUCAACCUGCUGGUCAUCUUCGCCCCCAACAUCCUGGGCAUCUUUGGGGUCAUCGGUGCCACUUCCGCCCCAUGCCUCAUCUUCAUCUUCCCUGCUAUCUUCUACUUCCGAAUUGUGCCCACUGAGAAGGAGCCUUCGAGAUCCCUCCCCAAAAUCCUGGCCCUCUGCUUUGCGGUGGUCGGCCUCCUGCUGAUGACCAUGAGCCUGAGCUUCAUCAUCAUUGACUGGGUCUCGGGGACCGACCGGCACGGAGGAAACCACUAGGGUGGGCCCUGCGGCCCUGUCUGCUCGUCCGUCCUUGCCCCUCUGCCCGCGCCAGCCCCUGCUCCUGUGCAUUGGUCAGUCGGCCUGGCAUUCGGCUCCACCCUCUCUGUGGACGGUUUCUGUUAAAGAACCAGGACCAAGGCCCUUGGGCCACCCACUGCCCUGCAGGGGUUUCCUGAGCUGGGAGCAGGGUGGGGCUGUCACCCCAGAUCCCAUCCGAGCCCCCUGUCUCCCACUGCACAGAUGUGUACACUGAGGCCCCGCAGAGGCCUCCUGAGGUCACACAGCCUGUGGAGGGCGCAUGGAGCUGGAACUCAGGCCUGCAGCCAUCUGCACCCUGCUGCAGGCCAGGGUCACAGCCGGGGCUGUGUCACCCCAGCCCACUCGCUUUCCCCCUUCUGGCCCCUGGGCCCCUUCCAGACACUUGGGCUCAGACCUUCGGACACUCUUGUCCUCUUCUCCCAGUCCCUCCAUAGGAGGAGUCCCCACCCUGUAGCUGGGGCCAGAGGUUCUGCUGAGGGUGGGGCCGGAGCGAGUACCCUCAAGGGGCCUCUGCACUGUCCCUCCAGUCCUGGGGAGGCUGGGACUCCCCCCACGCCACGCCUGGGCCAUGGCUCACAUUCCAUUGCUGGGAGAGGGGCAGGGCUGGGCCCGGAGUGUCCUGCCCCUGGGGGCCGAAGACCUGGGGCCAGACUGGGGCCAGGGUGGGGAGGCUGGCAGCCCCUUUUAUAAAUAUUAUACAUAAGACCA